AUGUCGUCCGUUCAAGUGGCGCCUACGCGCAUGGCGUUAACAACUUUCAAGACGAAAAGUGUCGGAGCAAAGAAAGGGUUUGAGCUAUUGAAGAAAAAGGCCGAUGCACUGAAGAUGCGAUUCCAAGCAAUGUUACGUGAGAUUCAAAAGACCAAGAUGUCCAUGUCACGAGAAGCAUCCGAGGCCUUUUUCUCACUCACACAGGCGCAAUACGCAGCGGGUGACUUUCGUAAUAAGGUCAUUGAAUCAGUAAGCACGGCGGAAAUUCGUACGCAGAAUCGCAUUGACAAUGUGGCCGGUGUCAAGUUGCCGGUAUUCACGGAGGUGAAAGUGAGCUGCGAAAAGAGUGAAAAUAUUGGUCUUGCCGGUGGAGGUGGCAAGAUUCAAAACUGCCGCGAGAAAUUUCGCGUGUUGCUGCGAGCAUUGAUCAAGCUCGCAUCGCUCCAAACCUCUUUCGUAACGUUGGAUGAGGCUCUAAAAGUGACCAACCGUCGCGUGAACGCAUUGGACAAUGUGACCAUUCCCCGUAUUGAAAAGACCAUCUCGUACAUUUCGAGGGAGCUUGAUGAGCUGGAACGCGAGGAUUUCGUGCGUAUCAAGAAGGUGCAGGCGAAUAAGCAAGUCAUCGAGAAAGCCAUCUUGGCCAAGGCAAAAGAAGCGGCUGCCAACAAGAAUAUCGCCGUCGCUGUGGACGACGACCCGUUCGCGGAUGUUGUGGCGUCGGACCAUGACAUCCUUUCCCAGUACGAGCUGUCCGCGGACGCCGAUGUGGUCUUUUAG